AUGGAACGCUACUUUAAGAGAAGGUUCGCAUCAACUACUUCUAGUUCGGAUAAUGUGGAUAGUUCGAGUUCGAGAGAUGUGGGUAUUUCAAGUGAUGUGGAUAGUUCGAAAGAAAGUGAGUUGCAAGAUAUCUUGGCUAAUCUUAUUGCAGACCCUGGACUUCGACCUCAAAUGUUGGAUUAUGAUCCUAACAUUCGAGACGAAGUUCGAAGAGCAUAUCUACAAAAGGGUCCAUGUCAGCCUAAGGAUCACACAUUUUCACAAACUGAUCUUUCAGGGUAUGAUCGACGCUUGAAUGUCAAGUGGUUUGAUGAGUUUGACUGGUUAGAGUACAAUAUUAGUAAAGAUGUUGCAUUUUGCUUUUAUUGUUAUCUCUUCAAAUCCAAUUUCAUAAUUUCUCAAGGGUGUAGUGAUGCCUUCACAGAGAUGGGUUUUAGGAAUUGGAAGAAGAAAGAUAAAAUUAGGCAACAUGUUGGAGCUGUUGGAAGUGUUCAUAAUCAAUCUAGACAAUAUUGUGCGGAUCUUAUGAAUCAAAAGCAACACAUUCGAACAGUUUUGAUAAAGCAAUCAGAGCAAGCUCGUAUUGAUUAUCGUAUUUGCUUGACAGCUUCUCUUGAUUGUGUGAGAUUUUUGUUGAGGCAAGGUCUUUCUUUUCGAGGGCAUGAUGAGAGUGACACUUCAAGCAACAAAGGGAAUUAUUUGGAGUUCUUACAAUUUCUUGCUGAUCGUGAUGAGAAAGUGAAAGCCGUUGUGUUAGAAAAUGCUCUCAGGAAUCUCAAGUUAAUAGCUCCAACAAUUCAAAAAGAUUUUGUGAAUGCUUGUGCCACUGAAACUAUUAAGAAAAUCAUUAAGGAUGUGGAUGGUGCAUUCUUCUCUUUAUUAGUUGAUGGAUCACGCGAUGUGUCAGUAAAAGAACAAAUGGCGAUGGUGUUUCAUUAUGUGGACAAAAAUGGGGAUGUAAUUGAGAGGUUUGUGGGCAUUCAACAUGUUAGCGACACUACAUCAACCUCACUCAAGGAGGCUAUUAACACAUUGUUUUCAAGAGAGGAAUUGAGUAUUUCCAUGCUAAGGGGAUAA